UUUUAGCAAUCAAAUAAAAAAUGACACGAGCUCGAAAAGUUCAAUGGGCGGAUGAUGAUGAUGAGACUGUGGAGAAUCAGAAGAUAUCCUCAUCAAACUCAGAAUGCCUCAAAAAAUCUAAUUCAAUCACAAAGAAGUUGGUACAAGUCAGAAAUUAUAGUGGAUAUGCUGAAUCACAUGCUGAUGAGAAAAUCGUAGAAUCAUCUCCUGUUCAACGGAAGACUCGAAAAUUCGACAGAAAUUUGUCAACAGUUCACGAAGAGGAAGAUGAUGUUAAUGAAAGCAGUGAUGAAAAUGUUUAGAUUCUAUAAAUUUAUUAUUUUAUUAAAAUAAUUGUGUCUGCAAAUACGUCGAUGUGAAAGUUGUUUUUCAAUAUGACGCCAUGAAUGUUAUCAUGCGGAGUAUCACUGUUUUCUUACUUGUUUUUCAUUUCCAACGAUAAUUCGAAAAUAAAUAACAAUAUUU